GGGCGGGGGACCGACCGCCUCGCAGCCCAGGCCGCCGCGCGCACACACCGGGCCCGGCUCCCGAGGGCGCCAGCGCGGCCCCGGGGAGCGCGAGGAGCCGGCGAAGCGCGCGGCCUGCCGUUGGCGGCCUGGUCCGCAGCGCUCUGCGCCCACCCGUCCCGGACGUGGGGCCCAAGCCCCCGUGAAGAUGGUGUCCUGGAUGAUCUCCAGAGCUGUGGUGCUGGUGUUUGGAAUGCUUUAUCCUGCAUAUUAUUCAUACAAAGCUGUGAAAACAAAAAACGUGAAGGAAUAUGUUCGAUGGAUGAUGUACUGGAUUGUUUUUGCUCUCUAUACUGUGAUUGAAACAGUAGCAGAUCAAACAGUUGCUUGGUUUCCCCUGUACUAUGAGCUGAAGAUUGCUUUUGUCAUAUGGCUGCUUUCUCCCUAUACCAAAGGAGCAAGUUUAAUAUAUAGAAAAUUCCUUCAUCCACUUCUUUCUUCAAAGGAAAGGGAGAUUGAUGAUUAUAUUGUACAAGCAAAGGAACGAGGCUAUGAAACCAUGGUAAACUUUGGACGGCAAGGUUUAAACCUUGCAGCUACUGCUGCUGUUACUGCAGCAGUAAAGAGCCAAGGAGCAAUAACUGAACGUUUAAGAAGCUUCAGUAUGCAUGAUUUAACAGCUAUCCAAGGUGAUGAGCCUGUGGGACAAAGACCAUACCAACCUCUACCAGAAGCAAAAAAGAAAAGUAAACCAGCCCCCAGUGAAUCAGCAGGUUAUGGAAUUCCACUGAAAGAUGGAGAUGAGAAAACAGAUGAGGAAGCAGACGGGCCAUAUUCAGAUGAUGAGAUGUUAACACACAAAGGACUUCGAAGAUCACAAAGCAUGAAAUCUGUGAAAACCACCAAAGGCCGCAGAGAGGUACGGUACGGGUCACUGAAAUAUAAAGUGAAGAAGCGACCACAAGUGUAUUUUUAGUCAUCUACACUUCAAAUAUCCUAAGACAGAUUAUGCUAAAUACAUCGACUUCAUCUUCUAACAUGAUAUAUUCAGGAUUUACACAUUAAAAUGAUUAUUUAAAUUGUGGCAGUGAUGGGAUUUACUUUCAUGAAUUUAAAUCGUUUUUAUUUCUUUAACAAUUGCUUCCAAAUAUUGACUACUAAAGGCAGUUCUGCAAGAUGUACUAAUAUGUAUAUUAGAAAUUAUAGAAAACCAUGUUGUCCAUUUUCAAAUUCAUCAACAGCAUAGAAUGCCUGAGAUAUAAGAUGAAACACAAAUCCACAGUAUACUUGAAAGGAGUCUUUUUAUGGUUCAGGAUAAAUCAGCCUUUGUGAUGUACUGUGUUUACUCCCUUUUGUGUUAUAUCUGAUAAUUAAAUAGGCCCCAGAUCCAGCAGUGACAUAAUAAGGAUAUAAUGUAAGAUAAUAAAGUAUGUUUUAUAUAUUCUUUAAAUUUUUACUUGUAUAAUACUUUCUAGUUUUUCCACCAUCAGCUGAAAGUUUUUGAAACAAAUAUUUGAAAACCAGGUAUCCACACAUAGCACUUUUAUUCCUGACUAGUUUUGCACACUUGAAAAUUGUUUACUUAUUUUACAACUGUUUUACUGAUGCUAUCUUCAUUGUUGUUUGCCGUAUUCUGACAUGUCAAAUCUAUGCCUUGAAUUAUAUCAUCCGUUUUCCUGUAGGUUUCAUUUGUUAAAUUCAUUGGAUUUUAAUAAUAUAAAAGUAUACCUAAUUGUUCAGUUUUAACUAUUUUUAAUUAUCUUCUUAACAAAUAAGAAGUUGCUUUAAUUAACCUAUAUUUAGCUAUACAGAGUAGUUGAAUUUAACAUGUUUUUGUCAACACCAAUUAUGUUUUCAGCUUUUAAAAAUGGUAGCUUUUGUGAAAUAGAAUCAGUGACCAGUAUAGCACUUAUAUCCCUUCUAACUCAUGCAAUUUUUCUCAGCCAGUCCAUUCACAAGCUUGGCAUUGAUAUGUGCUGCUAGUUUAUAAAUUGGCUUUGACGAAUAUCAUUUGAAUCUCUUCUGGCUGAGAUAAUUUGCCAAUGCAAAAUACAGUUGUCAUUAAUCCUACACAUUAAAAAUUAUUAGAAACAUAUUACUUUUUAACUGUAAAUCUCAAAGAGAUUUUGAGUUAUCGAACUUUUAAGGCUUUUUUAGCUUGAACUGAUAACUAUGCAUUAUGAACCCUAAGUCAAUAUAUUUUUGGUGGUAGUGAUCAAUAAUCAAAUUUGUACUUUUUAUGCUUGUUCAGGUAAUUUACUUGACUGUUCUAUUUGUUUGUCCAAAAGAUAAAAUGAUGAGAGAGAUUUGAGAAAUCUUUGAUCUGUCUCCCUUUUAAGAAAUGAAGCCAGCUGGUAAUGUAUAUUCAGGACCUCCUCAGAGUAUUGGCCAAGAAUAUAAUGUUUACACAGAAGUACCUUGGUAUAAUGCAUACAUUGUCUCAUGAUAAUAGUCAUAAAAUAUUUUAUGGAUAAUUUCACAUUCUUCAUAUAUAGCAAUAAGUAAAAUUAAUUCAGUUUUUUUUCCCCCAAAGUUUAAUUCUGAAUAACUCGAUCUACUUUACCCUAACUAAUUUUUAGCCUCUUCGUUUCUGGAAGGACUCUAAUUUGUAUUCCAAAUUCCUAUGAAUUCUAAUUGUAAAUUCUCUGAAGAGAGUUUUAUUUAUAUGACCUGGUACUAGAAUUCUUAAUAUAACUGUUACACUCUUCUUGUGUUUCCUACUCAGAGGCAGUAUCAUCUGAAGUUACCUAAUAAGGUCAUGUGAGUCAAGAACUUUAUCUGUGGGAGCUGAUUUGCACUUUUUUUUUUUUUUUUUUUUUAAUUUGAGACGGAAUCUUGCUCUGUCGCCGGGCUGGAGUGCAGUGGUGCGAUCUUGGCUCACUGCAACCUCCGCCUCCCGGGUUCCAGCGAUUCUCCUGUCUCAGCCGCCCGAGUAGCUGGGACUAUAGGCAUGUGCUACCACGCCCAGCUAAUUUUUGUCUUUUUCGUAGAGAGGGGGUUUAACCAUGUUGCCCAGGAUGGUCUCCAUCUCUUGACCUCAUGAUCUGCCCGCCUCGGCCUCCCAAAGUGCUGGGAUUACAGGCGUGAGCCACCACACCCAGCCAUUUUAUCUCUUUAAAGUCUAGUCUCAGUAUUAAACCUAUUCUUUAGUAAACUCAUAUUACUGUUCUAAACUGAAGAAAUUAUUUAUUCCUCUGUACUUCUAGACUCAAAAUGCUUUAUCAAAGAUAGUCUCAAAGAGGAAGUACAAGUCCUGUUUAACUGUACUCUUUCACAUUCACAGUGCUUCCUCUGAUAUCCUUCCUCACAUCAUUAUACAGUUAAUAUCAUUUUACUCUUCUUUCUCUUUUACAUUUCUUAAAUUUUGGUUCUUUUCCCUUACAUGUGUUUUAGCGGGCCCUUUUCUUCGAACUUUGUCUAAUUAGCCUAUACAUUUUUGUUUAUUUUAAGAUAGAACAAAUCUUUUUUUGUUUCUCCUUUUAAGUCUAUUGGUUUUAAAAGAGGUAAAUGUAUCCAUAGACCACAGUGCCUUGCUUUUUCCUCUGCCAGCACAUGGAGCACGGGCAUUAGAUGCACAAAUCUAUUUAGGGAACUAUUUUGGUAGCUGUUUGAGUUUAUCCAGAAAUUGCAGCUGGUAUUUUAUUUUGCUGUACAUUUACUCAACUUGUCCAUUAGUAUUUAACUAUUUCCAGAGUUUGUUUAGAAGUAAGAAUUGACCCAUUCUUUAGUUUACCAUAUUUUUCCUGGUAUGAAAAGGAGCCAGAAAUAAGCCUUAUUGCUAAAUAAUUAAUUAUGUAAGCCCACCUAGGUCCUGCAUAAGAUCCCCCUCACAUCACAAUAUAUAUAUAUGUGUGUGUGUGUGUGUAUUUGGCUAAAAAAUUAUACUGCCAAUAUUACUGAUUAUAAAUACUUGACUACACUGAUUGAUGGGACAAAAUGAUUAAAGUAUUUUCAGGGAUUGUAUUCCAUAUGUCACCACCAAAGAUUUCUACAGUGUUAUAAAGUAUAUAAAUAUUCCAAAUUUCUGUGGUUAAAUAUUUUUUCUUUUUUUUCCUUUUUUAGAAUAACCUAGUCUGCUUUACAAAAAUGCUUGAACUUUUAUGUUGUUAAGAAAUAUAUAAUGAUAUCUUACAUUAAGCAUGAGUCUAAUUUGUAUUUUUAAUUGGAAUGGACUAAAUUUUCAUUUGAUUAUCAGGAAAAUUAAGGAGUUAUAUAUUUAAAAGCAAUUUUCUGUGUUUUCUUUGUAAGUUGACUCAUUUGUGAAGCAAUUAGGUAAAUUUUGAGAUCAUUGUUAUUGUGGUUUGUAGUAUAUAUUUCUUAGUAAAUAUCACUUAAGAUUAAAUUUUUCAGAAAGAAAAUUAUAGCUUUUUUCCCAAAAUAUUUUUAAGAUUUAAUCUUUUUGUAGUAUGCUACAGAUUUAAUGUGUAUUAACUCUUUUUUAAGCUAUUGACCAUGACUUAACAUUUUGUCUUCUAACACCUUUUAAAUCUAUGUACUUUAAUAGUUAAGAGAAAAUAAGUUUUCCAAUUUUUAGUAAUCUCUUUGUAAAGGCUAUCUCUAAACCUAGUAUGUGGGUAAUUUUAUAGGUGUGUUUUUUGAUAACUUUAAUAUAAAAUAAACUCAUUUUAUUUGUGGCAAUUCACGUUUAUUUUUUUAUGUCACAGUACAUAUGAAUUGGUAUUACUUAUUACUAUGUGUUGAUUAAAUAUAUGCACACACUUAGGAUUACAAAUCACAGAGCAAAUUAUGAAAAUCAUAAACAUUCUGGUAUGGUCAUCCAUAGGAUUAUGAAAAAGAAAUACUGAAUUGUUAAAUUUGGAUGUUAGAAAGGGAAGAUAGGAAAAACAAUGAGUACAGAAAUCCUCACCAUCAAUUUGGAUUGGUUAGCUGUCUCAGGCAUAAAAUGUGACACAAAAUUCAGAUUUAUGUAUCCUGGAAAUGUUCUGGGGUUCCAUCUGUUUUAAAGUUAGACGUCUGUCUGCCUCACAUUUAAGCUUUAGAGAGAAAUCCUAUGUUUUAAGAAGUUUCUUUGUGUUACUUCAUUAUGACACAUAAUAUGUGUUAAAGUCUUUCUAGAUAGCAUUUUAAAUGGAAUUAUUUUCAUUUUUAUUAUGAGGUAUAUACUUGUAAUGUUCUCAAGAGGUUACAAAUAUAAAUAAAAAUUCAAAAGAACACAA